GACGCGCGGCGCGGCCACGCUCAUUUCUGUGGCAGAGGAAGCCUCGAGGAGAGGAGAGCGACGUGACGUGACGUGACGUGAGGUGAAGUGACGAAAAAGACUGCAGAAAGAUCCACGCAGCAGAAGCCCGCACACUAACCACCCGGAACAGCUUUUCGAACCCUGAAUCGGAUCCUCCAUGAUCGACACAUCAGAGCGGUGGAUUGUUGCUCGAGUGUCCGGACGCAGCGCACCGGGCUUCGGCUGACUCGGUGGCGGUUGGCCGCUCUUCCUCGUCGCUCGGGCGGACUGGAGGAGGAGGCAGCGGCGGUGGUGGUGUUGGAGUAGGAGGAGGUUGGUAUGUCCUGAGUUGGCCCCAGCGGGCCAGGUGAGAGCGCUGUGCUGAUGGGAGCGGCUGCGCCACCAUGAGCUUCCAAGAUGGCAGCUGCAGCUAUGCCAGCAGCGCCAACCCGGCCGCCGCCAGCGGCAGCAUGCGGCGGCGCCUGGAGGACCAGGAGUUCACCCUGCGCGUGUACCCGGGCUCCCUGGCCGAGGGCACCAUCUACUGCCCCGUCGGCGCCCGCAAGAACACCACGGCGGCCGAGGCCAUCGACUGCCUCAUUCAGCGGCUGCGCCUGGACCGCACCAAGUGCUACGUGCUGGCUGAGGUCAAGGAGUUUGGAGGCGAGGAGUGGAUCCUCAACCCCGGCGACUGCCCGGUGCAGCGCAUGAUGCUUUGGCCCAGGAGCGCCUUGGAAAACCGUGCCGGCCUGGGCAGCGGUGAUGACUACCGCUUCCUACUACGGGAAAAGAACCUGGAUGGGUCCAUUCAUUAUGGCGGCAGCCUGCAGAUGUGGCUGCGGGUGACCGAGGAGCGGCGACGCAUGGUGGAGCGGGGUUUCCUCCCCCAGCCGGCGGGCAGCGACCCCCCGACUGACCUCUGCGCUCUACCGGAACUGACCGAGCGCGCCCUACUGGAGAGCCUGCGGGCGCGUUUCCGCCAAGAGAAGAUCUACACUUACGUCGGGAGCAUCCUCAUCGUAGUCAACCCCUUUCAAUUCCUGCCCAUAUAUAACCCCAAGUAUGUCAAACUGUAUGACAACCACACGCUGGGUAAACUGGAGCCGCACAUCUACGCCGUGGCAGACGUGGCCUACCACGCCAUGCUGCAGCGACGGCGGAAUCAGUGCAUCGUCAUCUCUGGAGAAAGCGGCUCCGGGAAGACGCAGAGCACCAACUUUCUUAUUCAUCACCUGACCGCACUCAGCCAGAAGGGUUUCGCUAGCGGCGUGGAGCAGAUCAUCCUGGGGGCGGGGCCUGUGCUUGAGGCCUUCGGGAACGCCAAGACGGCACACAACAACAACUCCAGCCGCUUUGGCAAGUUCAUCCAGGUCAACUACCAAGCGAGUGGCACUGUCAGAGGGGCCUACGUGGAAAAGUACCUGCUGGAAAAAUCGCGUCUAGUCUACCAGGAGCACAAUGAAAGGAACUACCACGUCUUUUACUACCUUCUGGCUGGAGCCAGUGAAGAAGAAAGGGAGUCCUUCCACCUGCUCAAACCUGAGGAAUACCACUACCUCAACCAGAUGACAAAGAAAUCGCAAAAACUCUACUGGGACAAUUACUAUGAGAGCGAGCUGCAGGACUGCUUCAGCGUGGAGGGCGAGGAUCUGAAACACGACUUUGAGCGUCUGCAGCUUGCGAUGGAGAUGGUGGGCUUUCUUCCAGCAACACGCAAACAGAUUUUUUCGCUGCUGUCGGCCAUAUUGCACCUGGGCAACAUCCGCUACAAGAAGAAGACCUACAGGGACGACUCCAUCGACAUCUGCAAUCCAGAAGUUCUUCCCAUCGUCUCGGAGCUGCUGGAGGUGAAAGAGGAGAUGUUGCUGGAAGCGCUGACCACCAGGAAGACUGUGACCGUUGGGGAAAGGCUCAUCGUGCCCUACAAACUUGCCGAGGCGGGCACCGUUCGGGACUCCAUGGCCAAAUCCUUGUACGGCGCUCUCUUUGACUGGAUCGUGUUCCGGGCAAAUCACGCUCUGCUCAACAACAAGGACCUGGAGGACAACUCAAAGAUCUUUUCCAUUGGCGUGUUGGACAUAUUUGGAUUUGAGGACUAUGAAAACAACAGCUUCGAGCAGUUCUGCAUCAACUUUGCCAAUGAGCGGCUACAGCACUACUUCAACCAACACAUCUUCAAACUGGAGCAGGAGGAGUACCGAACCGAGGGCAUUAGCUGGCACACCAUCGACUACAUCGACAACAGCAGCUGCAUCAACCUCAUCAGCAAAAAACCCACGGCGCUCUUCCACCUGCUGGAUGAGGAGUGCAACUUCCCUCAGGCGUCCAAUCAGACCUUGCUGGACAAGUUCAAGCGGCAGCAUGAGGGAAACAGCUACAUUGAGUUCCCCGCCGUCAUGGAGCCCGCUUUUAUCAUCAGACACUACGCCGGGAAAGUCAAAUAUGGCGUUAAGGACUUCCGAGAGAAGAACACGGACCACAUGCGUCCCGACGUGGUGGCCCUGCUGAAGAGCAGCAAGAACGCCUUCAUCUGCGGUCUGAUGGGAAUCGACCCCGUGGCUACGUUCCGCUGGGCCGUGUUACGCGCCUACUUCAGGGCCCUGGUGGCUUUUAGAGAGGCUGGACGUAGACACACGCAAAAGAAGACAGGUCAUGACGCCGCCGUCCCUUGUAUUGCCGUCAAAACUGUCGACAGUUUCAGUUUUCUUCAUCACCCGGUUCACCAGAGGAGCCUUGAGAUCCUUCAAAGGUGCAAGGACGAGAAAUACAGCAUCACCAGGAAGAAUCCUCGCUCUCCGCUGUCAGAUCUUCAAGGCGCCAACACCCUCAAUGAGAAAGCCAGCUGGGAUGGCUUCGGCGUCGGCUGCAACGGUCGCGGCUCGAAGUCGGGACGUCUGUCUUCCACAGGAAGCCCGACGGCCUUGGGAGAGGACGGCAUCUUUGUCAACUCGUCCAACAGCAAACUCCUGGAACGAGCUCAGGGAAUUCUACUGAGAAACAAAAACUGCAAAACCAAACCCAGCCUCCCCAAGCACUUGUUAGACGUGAAAUCUCUUCGCCACCUAAGCAGUGUGACGCUCCACGACCGCAUCACCAAGUCGCUGCUUCACCUGCACAAGAAGAAGAAACCGCCUAGCAUCAGUGCACAGUUCCAGGCUUCCCUCAACAAACUAAUGGAGACUCUUAACCAAUCAGAGCCAUACUUUGUCAAGUGUAUCCGCUCUAAUGCUGAGAAGCUACCGUUACGUUUUAAUGACAGCUUAGUGCUCAGACAGCUGCGGUACACAGGCAUGUUGGAAACGGUCCGUAUCCGACAGUCGGGAUACAGCAUCAAGUACACUUUCCAGGAUUUUGUUCGUCACUUUCAUGUGCUGCUCCCUCGAGGCACCAGCGCGACCAAGUCGGGCAUUCGGGAGUUCUUCAGGCAGAUCCACCUGAUGCCCGCUGGCUACCAAGUGGGCAAUACAACGGUAUUCCUGCGAGAGGCGGAGCGUCAACGUCUUCAGACGCUCCUCCACCAGGAAGUUCUGCGGCGUAUCGUCACGCUGCAGCGCCGCUUCCGAGCGGUCCUGGAAAGGAAGAACUUUGUCAGAAUGAGGCAGAGUGCACAUGUUAUCCAGCGAUGGUGGCGUAACUGCCUUCUCAGAGAAUCCGCUAUGGAUCUGAAAAUUCAGGAGCAAGCGGUUAUUUGCAUUCAAGCGUCCUGGAGGUGCUGCAGGCAGCGCCGGAGGUUCGUGCGGUGGCGGCACUCGGCCGUGGCGAUCCAGAGAAGUUGGAGGAUCUGCCGCCGUCGAAGGAUCGCAGCGGCCGUCACGGUGCAGGCGGCCUGGAGGGGAUUCGUACAGAGGAGACACUACUGUGAGAUGUACAGGACUGUGGUGCAGCUACAAGCCAUGGGAAGAGGAUACCUGGCCCGGCAAAGGUUCCGAGAGCUCAAGCAGCGGUAUGAACCACAAACACCCAUCCUUCCAGAACCCAAUCAUGACCUCGCCUCAUCAGAACAAGAAGGGGUGCAGAACAUCUCUGAAGAACCACCUGAAGACUCCACACACUCUGAGAAAGAGUCGGAUAGACGUCGGAGUAUGGACGAGGCAAGCCACAAGACCAGAUCCAAGAGAGAAAGCAGGCGGAUGAGAGAAUUAGAACAAGCUCAGUUCAGUUUGGAGCUUCUCAAGGUUCGCGCUGGUAGCGUCGUUGCACCACCUCAAGGCGAGAUAGGACCAGAUAGCAGUACCUGUCCGCUGGUGGACCUUUGCGAGCCUUCUACUUAUAGGUCUCCUGAAAAUGUUGAAAUACUCACUGUUGAGGACAUGGAGACUGACGGUUCAGGAGGUUUUGGGUCCAAGUUGACUACGCCUCUGGAACAAGAGCCUAUCAGAGAUUCAAACCACAAUGAAAAGCCUAGGACUGGGUCUCCUCUUAGGACUGAGAGUCCAAGAGCAACAUUUUACAUUGCUUCUGAUCAAAGUCCUGUGCGAGAGCCGAAAUGUGAAAGCCCUGGUAAAUCUUACAAUGACAGAAGGGACUCUACCUCUCGAAAACCUGUCGUGGUCUUGAUCAGCAUGCAAAAGGAAAUUCCUCUGGAAGAAGGUAUCCUUAUAUCCCGAACUCCAGAAAAUACCUCUCAACAUAGAGACACACCAAAUUCCCAACAAGUUCACAUAUCAGGUUUAGAGGUAGGGUCUAUGUUUGAACCAGCAAAUGAAAGGACUACACUAAAGAUCUUUGGGGAUGGGAAAUCCUCUGCUCUUGUAGCAAGUCCAGAGGUUCCUAACCUUUGCUCCUCAGAAGUGGACAUCAAGAUCACCCUGGAGCCCAAACCAGGUGCUACCCCCGUUCACAUGAGUCAGCAGGAGAAGAAAAUUGGUUCUCCCAGCCCGGUCCUUGACACUAAACCACCCAAAGCCCAGAAGAAGAGCUCGGCCCAGACUGUGAUCGUCAACAUGAUGGAAAAACCCUCCAACACUGUGUUCUCGCCGCCUCGACGCAAGCUGCCUUUUUCCAAGUCAGACAAGGAUUUGGUCAAUCAGGAAAGGUCGUUCUCAAUGUUCAGAGAUGAUUCCAGGACCAGAGAGGAUUCCCACAAAGAUUCUAAGAAGAUCCAUAAAACCAUGUCAUCAGGGGAUCUGGGCAAAGUCGAGGUGCUGAGAAAGACCUCUAGUCAGGAUGGAAGCCGGAUGAGAGGGAAGAUGCGGUUCUGGAGUAAGAGCAAACACAGCGGAAAGAAAGUUUCCAGGGAGAAGCCAGCCAGUAGGAACGACUGUGCUACAGAGACACCUGAGCAUCCAUCCCCUCCUCACAGUCCCGAUCUGGAGGCAACUUCCCCACGAGUGCGCGACAGCAAGGAGAACAAAGAACCUUCACCCAAGAUGAAGCGACGACGCAGCGUCAAAAUCAGCAGCGUCACUCUGGAACCCGUGCAGUGGCAGAACGAUGCGCUGCAUAUUCUGAGCUCGGCUCACGACUAUCGCAGCAUGAACGACUUCCUCCUGAAAAAGAUCGCUGACCUGGAUAGCGAAAAUGGCAAAAAGGACACCAUGGUUGAUGUGGUCUUCAAGAAAGCCCUGAAGGAGUUCCGCAUCAACAUCUUCAACUCGUACUCCACAGCCCUUGCUAUGGACGAUGGCAAGAGUAUCCGUUACAAGGAUUUGUACGCUCUUUUCGAGCACAUCCUAGAGAAAACCAUGCGGCUGGAACAGCGCGACUGGUGUGAGUCGCCCGUCAAGGUGUGGGUCAACACUUUCAAAGUCUUCCUGGACGAGUUCAUGACCGAAUACAAGCCCAUGGAGGGGACCAUCGGAAGGGCUGCCAAACGAGAGCGCAAGAAGUCUCGCAAGAAAGAAACUGACAUUGUUGAGGAGCACAAUGGUCACAUCUUCAAAUCCACGCAGUACAGUAUCCCCACUUACUGCGAGUACUGCUCCUCCCUCAUUUGGAUGAUGGACCGAGCUUGCGUCUGCAAAUUGUGUCGCUACGCCUGCCACAGAAAGUGCUGCUCCAAGAUGGCCACCAAAUGCAGUAAAAAGUACGAUCCUGAGCUGUCGUCUCGUCAAUUCGGCGUUGAGCUCUCGAGGCUCACCAGCGAGGAGCGCAACGUGCCUCAACUGGUGGAGAAGCUCAUCAACUACAUCGAGAUGCACGGCCUCUACACGGAGGGCAUCUACAGGAAGUCGGGCUCCACCAAUAAAAUCAAGGAACUGCGUCAAGGUCUUGACACUGACGUGAACAGUGUUAGCUUAGACGACUACAACAUCCACGUCAUCGCUAGCGUGCUCAAGCAGUGGCUCCGUGACUUGCCCAGCCCGCUCAUGACAUUUGAACUCUACGAGGAGUUUCUACGAGCUAUGGGUCAACCUAACAAGCGAGAGGUCAUCCGAGGCGUAUACUCUGUCAUUGACCAGUUGAGCCGCACACACCUGAGCACGCUUGAACGCCUCAUUUUCCAUCUGGUCAGGAUUGCACUUCAAGAGGAGACCAACAGGAUGUCGGCAAACGCGCUAGCCAUCGUCUUCGCUCCCUGUGUCCUGCGCUGCCCGGACACCAUCGACCCUCUUCAGAGCGUCCAAGAUAUCAGCAAAACCACAGCGUGUGUGGAGCUGAUAAUCAACGAGCAGAUGAGCAAGUACAAAGCGCGCCUGAAGGACAUCAACAGUCUGGAGUUUGCCGAAAGCAAAGCAAAAAGCCGGUUGACCCACGUCAGGAGGGCUAUGAGCAAAAGCCGUGCUCGGCAAAGCGGCACCCACGCGCAAUCGCCACCACUCAGCCCCAGGGUGGCGCCCUCGGUGGCGGACGGCGAGAGCGUGGGAACGGGAGGCGAGGAACCGUCCGAAGCCACGCUGAGUGAACAGCAGCAGAUUGCCAUGCAGCAAGAGGAACGGAUCCUCACUGAGCAGAUCGAGAGUCUGCAAAAAGAAAAGGAGGAACUGACGUACGAAAUGUUAAUCUUGGAGCCGCGAGCGUCCGACGACGAGACUCCUGAAUCGGAAGCGUCCAUCGGCACGGCGGACAGCUCUGAGAACAUCACCAUGGAAACCGAAGGGGCCACAGCAGAGACCCCAGAUUCGGGUACUUGGAGCUGCAGAAAAUUGGACCCCAAGAGCAGGCGACCUUUGCGGCACCUUCCCGAUUCUGUGGACUCCGCCGACUCAGUGUCUGUUGUCUCCUGCUCCUACCGACCGCCAUCCGCUUCGCCGUCCCCUCACUACCGCUUCCGCUCCUCGUCGUCCGGUCCUCUGCUGGCGACUUACGGCCUCGGAGAGGCGGCGGCAAACGACGCAUCGGAUCCCGAGCGGCGACCCAGCAAAAGCCGUCCCGGUCACAGGCUACGACUGAGUCGCAGCUCGCCGCGUGAGCCGUCGAGCGGGCGCCGCAGGGAACCGGAAUUCGGCUCGGCGCCGCAGCAGCUGGUUCUGUACGGCAGCAACGAGUUCAUGGUGUGACGUCGGCCAGACGUAAGUGUGUUCCGAGUACGCGGGGCUGAGGCUGGUCUCUCCUCAGCGGGGCAGGGACCCGACGGCGGCGAGCACUGAGCCAGAGCGCGGAAGAAAGAGAAGGAAGCGUGACUGAAAUUUGGCGGACCAUCUUUCUUCAGCUUGUAGCCAUAACGACUGAACUGCCCAGCUACGCAAAGCUAUGCUAUGCUAAGCCAAGUCUGCUUGCCACGUUUACGCACCAGCAGAGAUGCUGCAUGCUCGCCCAUUUGACUUCCUUUAAAGAGAGCGUGGGAUGACACGUCACAGCUGACACUUCAUACACUCAAACUACGGCACGUGAGACGAAAGCUAAAACCACACGUCGAGAAAUUGAGCCUUUUCUUCAAUUUUCAAGAUCAGUAAUCCCCCUCUGUUGCGGGUUCUGCGUUCACAAAUUUCUUUGUACAGUUUUCUGACAAUAUUAUUUUGAUAUAUUAUUUUAAUUCCACCGUCCACCGCUAGAUGGCGGCAGUGGGAUUAAACUGACGCGGUGUGAAUUUGACUAAAAAAGAAGAAUGAAAACAGGAUUUUUUUUUUUUUUACCCCAAUCCUGUCAUUUUGUAAUGUACCUACAUCUAUAGGCAUGCUUAUUGAUUUAUUCUAUAUCUUGAGAUGAUACGGGUUUUUUUUUGGGGGGGGGGGGGGGUUGAAUCGAAAUCAGGUGUUAUCGCAGAUUUUAAUUUAGCGUGGGGGUUCUGGAACGUAACUCACGCAAUGGAGGUGGGAUUACUCUAUUACGUGGUACAGAAAUGUGUCGUUAGCUUCACGUAAGACUCAAAAUUGUCCUGAACUUAUUAGCUAAACCAGAGUUUCUCUAAAAAUGAACAGUUUUUACAUUGACGACGCUGUAACUUUGGCAUUUUACCACGUACAACCCUUUCAAACUCAGGAAACAGAUCAACAAAUUUUCUCCUGUUCUAACAGCUUUAAUGUUAUUUCAUAAAUUAACUCACUGGCCGCCAUUGACGGCGAUAGAUGUCCGAGCCGUUUCCAGCCCAAAUGGCGCCAGUUUUGCCAGUAACCGGCGACCAAUCCCGCCUCUCUUGCCAAAGUCCCGCGAACUAGCGACGAUUACGACGAUGUCCCGUAGGAAUAGCAUGUACAUAGAGAGGAAGUCAAGCGUGUCCAAUUCGAAGCCAUUCAUUCCAGAGCCACUUGUGUAAACAUCAGUGUUAUGACAUCACCACUUGAAUUUUGUCUUUGUUUAAACUGUUGCUGUAACAAUGCGUGCUGUCACUGCUUAUUAUUGAUAUGAUAUGAUAAGUUUUUGUUAGUCAACAGGCUUGUUAAUUUUUUUUUUUUUUUUUUACCCCGACUGGGUUAAUUAAUAGCGGCUCACACACAUGCACACACACGAUUCAAGAUUUAACCAAUAAGUACAUGUUCAGCUUCAAUUGAAGAGCUAUUCUAUUAUAGGAAAAACGUAGGAAUUAAAUACAUUUUCUCAAAAACAUUUACCGUAUUUAUAAGUUCAAGUGUGAGUCGCAUUUUGGUGUAGCAAAUUUUUAAUUGAUCAAAAACCAAGAAACAACAAACAUCCGGUAUAUCACAAAAGUGAGUACACCCCUCGCAUUUCUGCAGAUAUUUAAAGUGCAUGUGACACGAAAAAGCAUGUUUAUUCCGUAAUACACGCGGUAUUUUAUGCUCCUGAAGGAUAUGGACCGCUUGGAUGUGUGUGGAAGCGAUCGCUAUAUUUAUUUAGUUUUUUUAAUCCCGCGCCAUGAAAAUGAGUGACUUCCGGCUUCGGUCUUGCGUUGAGGAGUAGGACGCUGUGACGUGUACGGUAGAAGGUGUCCUCUUCACUAUACAGCGUACUGUUGUGUAUGAGGACGAAGGAUUCAGCUGAUUUUGCAGAUUAAUACGUUUAUUUUUCGCAUCACGCCAGCCAAACCCCUGCAGAAAAAUCAUUCUGUAUGAGGGAGAGGCGUAUACGCCUUUUUGGAGUUUCAAAAGGUUCCCAUUCACCGUGGAUAUUGGCCAAAACAAGCCCGACGACUACUGUGGGACCAUUGGACUUAUGAGGAAGUGAGUAAACAUCUUGUUUAGUAUUAUGUCGAAUAUUAAUACAGCGAUUACAAAGUAAACACUACAAACUUUCUUUAAAUAAAGGACUACUUACGUUUGCUCAUUGAUAGGCAUGUAAAAAGCUCUCCUCAUGCACAUUAGCAGCACGUUAGCUGCACAACAACUGCAGCCGCCCUCCUCCGGGGAACGAACUGUAAAUUGCUCUCCGCCGGGCGGUUUGCCGGUCCGCAAAGACAUUCGACAACCCAGUCGUCAUGUCAAAUAAUCCAGGCUAGUUAUGUGUGAUUUUCCUCUUCGAAGACUUUGAAACAUCACUCGGUUCGGGUUAGCAUGUCGGCUAGCUGUCACGCCUUUUGGUUUGUUUACAUUCUCCGAAGCCGGGGAAGGGAAAUGACAUAUGUCCGAUUUAGGUGUCAUAAAAUACCGUUCGGGAGGUGCGACAGUAAAGGUGAAGUCGACGGUUUUGACCAUUAUGGAGUAAUUUUGCCAUGUCGUCCUGAAUAAAUGCAUUUUUAUUAUUUCAUAUUCCAUUUUGCACAAGACUGUUAUUUGUCAUGACCAUGCCAUUUAUUUAGCAAUUGGGGAAAAUACUUGGAUAAAAAGAAUAUCCUGUAAAAAUAUUGAAGUAAAGAGACAGAAACAAUGACAUUUCGCAGCUCUCUUCGUCGCGUUUUCCUCGUUGUGAAUAGUUCCCCCUCGACGGGCUGACUGGUCCUUCUCAAGCCAUUUAUAUAGCUAUUGGGGAAAAAUACUUGGAUAAAAAGAAUAUCCUGUAAAAAUAUUGGAGUAGAGAGACUGAAACAAUGACAUUUUGCAGCUCUCUUCGUUGCGUUUUCCUCGUUCUGAAUAAUUCCCCCUCAAUGGGCUGAAUAGUAAAACCGAUGAGCCCAGUCUACCGCUGACGUCAUCCACCUGUUGGGGACGCUAAAGCCCUAUAAUGGUAGGCGUGGCUAACCGGCAGAUUAAAAGACUAAUUUCUCGUCAUCUGCGCUUUGCUAUAUUGUUGUAUAUAGUCGAAUCGUCUCAAAAUAUGAUUCUAAUUCACAUAAUAAUGCAAUUUAAGACUUUUUUUCUCCUCUCGUAUGCUCUUUAAGUAUAUCUUUCCACGGGACAACACUGACAAAAUGACAC